GCAAUAACUUCAAACCCCGUUUUAAAACCCUCCCCCCGAGCUCCGGCAAUAAUCUGACCAAACCCGCCAUUAAUUUCCCUCUAUUCUCCAAUUAUUAUGUCUCUGCCUUUCCUCCUCUGCAUCUUUCUCUUCGCUUCCCUCUUUCCUCCUUUAACGCCCCUCAGUUCUUCUCCUUACCUCUCCCCCACCAUUUUCUCGUCAAACUACCAAAAAAUGCUCAAAGCUUUCAAAACUUACGUCUACCCACGGUCGGUGGCGCCAUCGUUUGACUCCCAAGUCGAGUCCCUGUUUUACUUCUCUCUAACGCAAAGCAACUUCAUCACGCAGAACCCAGAAGAAGCCCACCUGUUUUUCAUCCCGUUCUCGUUCCACGCCGACUUAUCCCCUCGCUCCACCGCGCGUGUUGUUGGGGAUUAUCGUACGGAUUAUAUUUACUGGAAUCGGGCUCUGGGGGCUGACCAUUUUUACCUCUCCUGCACGGGUGUGCGUCACGGGUCGGAUCGGAACGUCGUGGAGUUGAAGAAAAAUUCGGUCCAGAUUUCCUGCUUCCCAACAACCAGCGGGUUGUUUACCCCUCAUAAGGAUAUCACAUUACCCCCACUCGCAAAUGUUCACGCCCUACACGCGCCGGCUAACAAGAGCGCCAAGUACUUCGCUUAUGUCAAGUACAAUUGGGUCAAAGAGUCAACCCUCGUCGAGGAACUUUUAUCUGAUCCCGAAAUUCUAGUCGAAUCAGAGCCAUCCGAUCAGAUGACUUACGAGGCGAGACUCGCCGGCAGCAAGUUCUGUUUAUUCGAGUACGGCCAGGAUGUCACCGGGAUCGGAGAAGCGAUGAGUUUCGGGUGCGUCCCGGUAGUGAUCACCGACCGUCCGAUACAAGACCUACCGCUGACUGACGUGCUGUCGUGGCAACGGAUCGCGGUGUUUGUGGGGACCAGAGGUGGGGCCAAGGAGCUGAAGCGGGUAUUGGUUCGCGUGGUGGUUGAUGGUUACGAGGACAUGAGGAGAUCUGGUGCGGCCGCGAGUAAGCACCUCGUGUGGAACGAAACGCCACAGUCGUACGAUGCGUUCCACAUGGUGAUGUAUCAGCUUUGGUUGAGAAGGCACACGAUCAGAUAUCCGGACAGGGAAUGGGCUUAAGAAUCGUUUGAUCAUGUAAGGAAAAAAAAAUUUUUUCUUCAAUUUUACCAUUUAGGUACACAACAAGAUCCUUUCAUAAGUUAGGGAAAAAAAAAUUUUCCUUUCAUAAUCACAAGCUUGCUUUAUGCCUUUUGUGAUAUGAAAUGAAAGAAUGGAGUGUGUGAUAGUCAAAUUCAAAGUUUAAUAACAAAAUUAUAUAGUGUUUUAUGUUAAAUUGAACAUUAAAUAACAUUGUUGAUG